AUGUACCGCUCAACGAAAGGCGCGUCCAAGGCUCGCAGGGAUCAGAUCAACGCAGAGAUCCGGAACUUGAAAGACUUGUUACCCAUCGCGGACUCCGAUAAAGCGCGGCUGUCAUAUCUGCACAUCAUGUCACUGGCUUGCAUGUAUACGAGGAAGUCCGUCUUCUUCAUUCAAGAUCGUCUCCUGCGAUGCCAUUUCAACACAUCAAAAUCAGUUAGGAGGCAGAGUGCUGGAAACAAACUGGUUUUGAUACGAGCUCGCUGCUUGUCUCCUCCUUCGUCAUCAACGACAGCUGGGUCCUACUGGGCAUCUAACCCUGUGUGGGUGUGUUUCUGCUCUCCUCUGGAGCCCCACCCAAGUCGCUCUGGACCAAACAGUGAGAGGGAGGUUCCCAGCACCACAGGGUGUCCUCUGGCAGAUGCUGACCUGUUUGUAGCUUGUUUCUACUCGCAGCAUGGCCGGGACAUGAGGCUGUAUUCUGCACAGGAGAGUGUGAGCUUCUAUCUGGGCUUUGAUGUGACAGCACUGCGAUCCCGUUCCUGGUACAGCCUCCUCCACCCCCAGGACCUGUCACAUGCCUCAACACAGCACCGCAGCCUAUUGAGAGAAGGUGGGGAAGGUCGAGCUGAGAUGGUGGUUCGCAUUCAGGCUCAAGACCAGACGUGGGUCUGGCUUUACAUGGUGCUACAGCUACAGCCUGGGGAGGUGCCAGUUACAAGCAACAAUUACAUCAUCAGUGACUCUGAGGCCUGGGCAGUUCGUCAGCAGCUGAGUUCAGAACAGACACAACUCAAUAUCGUGCUUACUUCUGGAACCUCGCAGGAAGGUCUGAGCCUCCAGUCCCCUGACACUCUCUCCAGUCCAGACCAAGUGUUCACCCCGGGAAGCAGCGGCCUGUCGGGUCAGUCGUUUGACUUCAGCACUGCGGGAUGCAGUGUGACUUCUUCUGAUGAGCCAAGCAGCUCUGCCGCAGAGCCCCUUCAGCUCGAGGGAGACCCCCGUUCCAGUCUCUCAUCCCUGGAGGAGGACAGCUUCUUCCAACAGAACCCUGUUCGAGAUGAGAUCCGCUCUGCCACAUCCUCCCCCACACCAGUCACGGUGGAAACCGUGGAAGACUUGGACUUUCUCACGCAGAACAUUCUCCUGCCACCAUCUUUCCAGCUUGACCCACCGCUGCCCUCACUGCCACUGCCCCUUCCCCCUGUGCCCACUUCCCGGACUCAGAUGAAAGAGUUUGUGUGCACUCCUCCAUAUACGCCUCAGGUCACUGCUGCAUUCCCAUUUGAGCCUCUGUUCAGUUUUGACCCCACAGGCACCACCACACCGCCUCCCAGUGCAACCACUACCACUACAACCACCUCAACUGCCCCUGCCUCCGCACCUCCCACUACAGCAUCCAGCCCUGUGCCCCCCACAAGUCUGUCCACAAAACUGCCCCUGGCACUGCCCACCCCCUCUACAGACCUGCUCUUUCCCAUAGAGCCAUGCAGCGGUUCGCUUUAUGAAAAACUUCCCCCCACCCCUGACAGUCCUGGAGAUGGUGACUGCACAGUUAUGACAGUGCCUGAAGUGAGGGGUCCACUUUAUGUAGAUGUCCCCCUUGGCCCUCUUCAGUGCCCCCCAGAGGGCCUGCUCACACCAGAGGCCUCUCCUGGUAAACAGCCCUAUCUCUCAUUCUUUUCAAUAGAGCGAGAAAAGGAGCAUGCUGAAAUCUCCCUGCUUGCCCAACACAUCAGUUCUUUGGCUGAGGGAUAUUACAUGGAUCCCUUAUUGACCAAAAUGUCCCCUUCUUCUUGCCCACCCUCUCCAUUUAUGUCUCCUGCAGUAGAGACCAGUGAUGUAGACGCAGUUCACGUACUUCGGGAGUUCUAUCCCAUCAAGGCCUGGCGAGGACUGGACUUUCCCAUGUUUCUCGAUGAAGACAACUCUCUGUUUGAAGAGAAUAUUCUUGAAACUCUCCUCCAAGAUGACUUUGCUUCACUCCAGGCUCCGUCACCUCCUGUUGUACCAACGCUGUCUGAUCCCACAUCUCCUCAGACCCCUGUAUGCUGGCACCAACCCUCCCAGUUUGAGGGAGUGGGCCAAAUGUGUAGCGUCCAAUCGGCGCAUCGUAACUCCAUGGCAGGCUGUGGGGUGAGUGCGACUUCAGAGAGCAUGGACUAUGCUGAAGGGGAGGGGCAAGCAGAGGAGCCCAUGGAGAUUGAGGUGGUUUCAUCUCCUGUGUCAUCCUGCUCCUCCAUCCCAGCUUCCCCUCCCCUGAUCCUCACAGUGUCUCCUGGUGUGUCCUCGCCCGUCGCCUCGCCACCACCUGCCAUGACCCGCACUCAGUCCCUCCUCGAGGAGCUGGCUGUCCUGGAACCCAUGUUUGGGGCAGGCCCCUGCUUCAUCCCCAGCAUCACAUUCCACCUCCUCCCGUCCUCUCCUCCGUUCUGCCCUGGAGCCAGUUUCGCUCAGCAACAGCUCUGA